UUUUUUUUUCCUUGUACUUUUGUGGGAGACGGCAGCAGCCGUAAUCUGCGUGCGUUGUUGCAGGAGAGUGGUUACGCGGAGAGAAGUUAAAACCAUGAAGCCACUUUUACUUGGAGUGCUGGGCUGCUCUCUGGUCCUAACUGUUCGAGCCUUAUACUCAUCCAGCGAUGAUGUUAUUGAGCUGACACCUUCCAACUUCAACAGGGAGGUGAUCCAGAGUGACAGUCUGUGGCUGGUUGAGUUUUAUGCUCCUUGGUGUGGACACUGUAAAAGUUUAGCUCCAGACUGGAAGAAGGCAGCUACCGCCCUCAAGGGUAUUGUCAAAGUUGGAGCAGUAGAUGCUGACCAGCACAAGUCUCUGGGAGGGCAGUAUGGCGUCAGAGGGUUCCCCACCAUCAAGAUCUUUGGAGCCAACAAAAACAAGCCAGAGGAAUACCAAGGGGGGCGCAGUAGCCAGGCCAUUGUGGAUGGAGCAAUGAAUGUUUUGCGCUCUCUGGUAAAAGAGAGGCUGGACGGCAAGUCUGGUGGGUCCGGUUACAACAAACAGCAGAGCGGCGGCGGCAGCCAGAAGGAUGUGGUCGAGCUCACUGAUGACAACUUUGACAAGAUGGUGCUGGACAGUGAUGAAGUGUGGAUGGUGGAGUUCUUUGCUCCCUGGUGUGGACACUGCAAAAAUCUGGAGCCUGAGUGGGCAGCUGCAGCCACAGCUGUCAAGGAGCAGACAAAUGGCAGAGUUCGCCUUGGGGCUGUGGACGCUACUGUACACCAGGUUCUGUCCAGUCGCUAUGGGAUCCGCGGGUUUCCCACCAUCAAGAUUUUCCGUAAAGGCGAGGUGCCCGAGGACUACCAAGGAGGUCGCACUCGUGGAGACAUCAUCGAGAGGGCUAUAGAUCUGUUCUCGGACAACGCUCCUCCUCCUGAGCUGCAGGAGAUCCUCAGUGAAGACAUCUUGAAGAAGACCUGUGAGGACAGUCAGCUGUGUAUAAUUGCCGUCCUGCCACAUAUCUUAGAUACAGGUGCAGCUGGUAGGAAUGGUUACCUGGAGGUGAUGAUGAAACUAGCUGAGAAGUAUAAGAAGAAGAUGUGGGGCUGGAUGUGGGCUGAAGCAGGAGCUCAGAUGGAGCUGGAGGCAUCUCUGGGUAUCGGUGGGUUUGGCUACCCUGCCAUGGCCGCCAUCAACACACGGAAGAUGAAAUUUGCUCUCCUCAGGGGCUCCUUCAGUGAGACUGGCAUUCAUGAGUUCCUCAGAGAGCUUUCUGUUGGCCGUGGCUCCACUGCAACACUGGGAGGUGGCGUUAUGCCCAAGAUUCAAACUGUGGAACCCUGGGAUGGCAAAGAUGGACAGCUUCCUGUGGAGGAAGAGUAUGACCUUAGCGAUGUUGACCUGGAUGACUUUGACAAGGAUGAGCUAUGAGCUCGAACAGCAUAGGAUCUGAUCCAGACUGGUUUUGGUCUGGUCUGGUCCUAUGUGUCCCACCUUCCCUCUACUGUGGACCAAUGGGAGGCUCUGUUGCCCGGUUACUGAAAUACUCCAGAAAAGACACAUGAGAGACACCUGCAGUUUCUCACAUAAUUUUUCUGUCACACAGGGAAAGGAGGGAGGGGAGCACAUGCAUCCCUGGCGUGAACUUUCACACAAACCUGCUGAACGGUAGAAGCUGCAUAAUUAUACAGCUGCCUCCAGCUGAGAGAAGGAGUUUCUGAAGGUCACGUCAGUCAUUCAAGUCUUUUUCCAACAUUGUCCCUUUUCCCCUCUUCAGCCACCUUUCAAGCACCUAUUUUAAGAUGUGGACUUGUGAAAGUAACACUUCAACCUGAUGUGACUACAUGUGUUUUCUCUUUAAAAAAAACAGUGAAUGAAAAUUUUGGGAGGGUUUGCAUUAUGUCUGUCCAGGACAAGGGGAUACGUGGGACUUGUGUAGAUUUUUCUUACACGACUUUAUUUGAAUUGUGUGAAAACAAAAUGACAUUUUUUGUUACAAAAAUAAAAAGGAAUAAAAACAA